AUGAGCCACAGCAUCCAGCAGACACAUUCAGCCUCUAGCAAAGGAAAUUGCCAUGAUAGUGGUUGUGCUCCAAAGAUCAGCCACAACAUCCCCAGUCAACAUGCAGCAUCGCAUGUGUCCCAUCAAAGAGUAUUCCAUAAGGUUCCUUCUGAAGGUCACUAUAGAUCUCCAAGUGUUCAUGGAGGAUCAGGGGGCAAAGGUGUUUGCCUAUCACAACACUAUACCUUAGGCUAUGGCCAUGAUCAAAGAAGUUACUUUGGAACCUUUGAGGGCCAUGGCUGGAACAACAAUAACUUAUUCUGUAUUAAUGAGAAGGAAACCAUGCAGCUUCUGAAUGACCGAUUGGCUUCCUAUUUGGAGGAAGUGUGCUUGCUGGAACAGGAAAAUAAUCAGUUGGAGAGGAACAUCCGAGAGUGGUAUGAAAUCUACCAACCCAACACAUUUCCUGAUUACAGCAACUAUUUAAAGACCAUUAAGGACUUCCAGGGAGAGAUCAUUGCACUCACUGGGGACAGUGCCAAGAUCUUUCUGCAGAUAGACAAUGCAAAAAUGGCUGCUGAUGACUUCAGGAAUAAGUUUGAGAUAGAGCAGAGUUUCAGAAACAUUGUUGAGGCUGAUCUCGCUGCUCUGAAGAGAGUCCUGGAAAGCUUAAACAUAGAGACCUGUAGUCUUGAGAGGCAGGUUCAAGACCUUCAAGAAGAACUGCAGCAAAUGAAGAGGAACCAUGAAGAGGAAGUCAAUGGCCUGCGCACACAGCUGGGUGCCAGAGUUAGUGUGGAAGUGGACGCUGCUCCAUCUAUUGAUCUGAAAAAAGCUUUAUCGGAUAUUCGAAAAGAAUAUGAGAACCUGAUGGAGAGGAACUUAAGGGAGGUUGAGAACAUAUUCCUAGCUAGGAGUGAAGAACUGAACCGUGAGAUGGUAUCAGGUGCUGAACAGCUACAAACAACCUCCAGUGAACUUACUGAGUUGAGACGAACUAUACAGAACCUAGAAAUUGAACUGCAAUGUCAACUUAGCACGAAAUCAGCUCUGGAGGACACCUUGUCUGAAUCUGAAGCCACCUUUGGAUUCCAGUUAGCCCAGUUACAAAAUCUUAUUAACAAUGUGGAAUCUCAACUGACUCAGAUCCGAUCUGACUUGGAACGACUGAACUAUGAUUACAAGAUUCUGGUUGACCAAAAGACCCAUCUAGAAAUAGAGAUUGCUACCUAUAAACGCCUGCUGGAUGGACAUGACACACACUCACAGAUACAGGAGUAUCAUUGCAAGGGAUCUCAUAAAAAUGUGAGAUUUCACCAAGUCACUGAGCAUGUUCAACAGACUAAAUGCUAG